UUGGACCUCUGGCAAAUAUAUCCCCUAAAUGUAUUUGAAAAUACAACGACUGUAACUGCUGAAUGUAAAAAUGUUUACGAUGAGUAUUUGAGGAGGCUUUAUCAAAAUGAGUUGAACGCCGCAAAGAUGUUUGAUGCCACAGCAAAAUUGCCAUCUGGCAUUCUUAGAGGUAACGUGAAUCAGUACGGUGAUUUCGACGAAUGUAUGGAACUGGAAGAGGCACAGUACUGUUUGGCAGACAUUAACAUAGAACCGUACUGGAGAGAGCCUUAUUUGAAGUUCAAAAACAUGGUGCAUUCAAAUUUUCCGAUUCGGGAGACAUUUGACGAUCCCAAGCACAGAGUACCUGGGUUUACAAUGAUUAGAUGGGGAUUCUGUAUUCCAAAAGAGUGCACAGGAAAAGAUUUGGAAAAUGCAAUAUAUGAAAAAUUGAAUAUACCGUCCAGAAUUCGACCUGCAAUGUGUCAAAAGGCAAAACAGCAACAAUCUGCAUUGACUUUUGGAGAUAUCUUUACCAGAUAUUUUUUCCUCAGCAUUGCAAUUGCUAUUGGAUUAUCUAGCAUUUUAUAUAGCAGGAAUAAAUUAGAAAAUACCGUUAAUAUUUGGUUGCAAUUAUUAAUGUGUUUUGCGAUUCAACGAAAUUACAAAAUCAUUGCUACAAUCAGAAAGAAUGAAAAUGAAAUUCAGGCCUUGCACGGGGUGAGGGCUUUGUCGGCCCUUGCGUUAAUAAUUUCUCACAAAGUAAUGGCCCUUUUCUAUAAUCCGUUUAUGAACAGGUCGGUCAUGAGUGAGAACUUAGGUAUGAAAUGGUCUGUGAUAGGGAGGACCGCUAUAAUUUAUACAGAAUGUUUUAUGUUACUCAGUGGGCUGCUAAGUGCUAAUUCUCUAUUCGCUGACUUGGAUAAAAGAAAAACUAUGAAUUUUAGGGAUAAAUUAAUUAGCAGACUGUUUAGAAUUUUGCCAAAUCUUAUCGCCGUAAUCCUUUUUUGUACUUACUUACUUCCAUUAAUGGGAUCUGGACCUCUAUGGCCUUUAGUGGUAAAUCAUCAUUCAGAACUAUGCAAAAGAUAUAUGUGGAGGAACAUAUUAUUAAUUCAUAACUAUUUUGGGUUUGAAAAUAUGUGCUUAACACAUACUCAUCAAGUAGGAAUCGAUAUGCAGUUAUUUUUAAUUACUCCAUUUUUUGUGUAUGUUAUAUGGAAAUAUGGAAAGGCAGGAUUUUGGAUUUCAGGGGCAGUAGCCCUUUUAUCUACAAUUCUAAGAUUUUGGGUAACUUGGAAAAAUAGUCUCAGUCAUGUCGUUCAUUUUGGAAUACCAGUAUCCAGAUUGUUCCGAACUGCAAGUUUAUCUUAUAUUCUUCCUACGCAUAGGAUAACAAUUUACUUAAUAGGAAUAUUUUUGGCCUACGUGCUUAGAUAUUCAAAAAACACCGACAUUUCAAAGCGCCAACGGUUUAUUAUAUGGAGUAUUCUUUAUCCUGUAACUCUGUCUGCAUGGCUUGGUCCAAUACAUAUGAGCCAAAAGGACUUUAAAUAUAAUAAAAUGGAAGCAGCCCUUUAUGCAGCUUUAUCUCCAGUAUUUUGGGGAAUUGGCGUAUCUUGGGUAAUCUAUUCCAUAAACAGAGGAUUUGGCAGCUGGUUUGGCCCUCUCCUAAAAUGGAAGUACUUUGUUCCAUUUACUAAAAUAGCUUAUGCCGUUUAUUUAGUGCAGUUUCCAGUAUUUUUCUAUAAUGUGGGGAAGACAAGGCAUGUAGAUGAAUAUAAAUCUUAUAUGAUGAUGCAGGUUGUUGAAACUGGAGUGAUAGUGCUACUGUCCAUUAUUCUUACUCUAACUAUUGAACUACCUUUUCAAAAUAUCAGAAAGGUGAUUUUCCGGACAGGUGACAAAAAUAUUAAAAUCCAGACUGAUUAAGUAUUGUAGAAUAGGUCAAAUUAUGUAUUUUAGGU